CGAGUUGGGCUUAUUACCCCUGAGCCAUGAUGGGAACUCUGGAUUCUGCACUUCUAACAAGUUCCUGGAUGAUGGUGCGGCGUCUGCUCCAGCUUGGCCCUGGAGUGGGUGGUGGAGCUGACUGUGAUCCCAAUUCACUUGUCAAUUUCAUUUUUUUAAAUCCAAUAAUAACCAAUUAUUAUUUUCUAUUGCUUUGCAUUCAACUUCAGAACAAUUUUGUUUUCAUUUUUCAUCUUAAAUUGACAGGGCUCUUACUGCUUUCCCAUCCCUGGUCUCUCUGUCUGGUGCUUAAAUAAUGCCUUUUUAAGAAAACAAAAUAAGACCAACAAUGACUAAUAUUUAUAUAAAGGUUUCUAUGUGCCAGGAACUGUUUACUGAAAUUCUUGCGACACCUGGUAAGGUAGGCGUGUUAAUUAUCCACAUCUUACAGGUGAGAAAGCUGCGGCAGGUAAAGCUAAAAUAACUUCCUUAGAUGCUCACAUAGUGCAUGGGAACUAGGAUUAUUUUAGGAGUCUAUUUAAAGGAGCCUUUUGUAAAUCAGAGACCCUGGGGAGAGCUGGAACAGUCCAGUCUAAGGUAUAAGUUUUUGUUACUCAUCAUUUGGUUUCAUCAUUUUUUACGAAAUGGGGACCCCACCCUCCUAGAGGCAGCAAUGGUGGUAUUUAUGCAGAAUGCAACCCCAGACUAACUGUGGAGGCUGGUUAAGUCUGGUAUCAUGAUGAGUACCUAGCAUGACCCUGGGGCAAGACCUCAGACAGGGAGCUCAGCUGUGGUUUGCAAAGGAACAAAGAUCCCAGCAAGCAGGACAGAUCCUGCUUCCAUUCUGAUUUGAGUGUAAAUUCAACUUUUGUCAAGCAAAGAUUUUUAAAUUGAUUUAUGGUCAACUUCGGAAGGUUUUUAUUUUUUGUUGUAAAUUGGCAGGGCCCUUGCUACUUUUCUGCCCCCAGUCUCUCAAUCUAGCACUUUAAAAUGUUGAGGGUAUUUCUCACUGUGGCGCGGUGGGAUUGGCGGCGUCACUGCAGCGCUAGAAUGCGGGUUUGAUCCCUGGUCUAGUACAGUAGUUUAAAGGAGCUGAUGUUGUUGCAGCUGCCAUGUAGGUCACAACUGUGGCUCGGAUCUGAUCCCUGGCCCAGGAACUCCAUAUGCUGUGGGGUGGCCAGAAAAAAGAAAAGAAAAGAAAUGAAACAAACAAAAAUGUUAAGAGUAGGAAUAAGACCACUGGAGCACCUGCAAGCCUGCCUUGUGGUUGUGGGCUGUUCUGAAAGAGCUGUUGUAGAUGGACCUGAACAUGUUCUGCAUGAGGCCAGGGGACGUGGUCUUCAGGAGCUGUGGCUGCCACAUCUUGUGGAAGUGCUCAUACGUUGCUCAGAGCCCAUGGUCAGUUGUAAAGCUGUCUUACUCUGGGACCUAGGACUAGCCACUAACCAUCCCUAGUCUUCAUUUUCGUCUUUUCUAAAAUGAAAGGAUUUGGGACACAACCCAAAUGUCCAUUGACAGGUGAUUGGAUUAGCAAGAUAUGGUAUACAUACACAAUGGAAUACUACUCAGCCAUAAAAAAGAACGUCAUAAUGCCAUUUGCAGCAACAUGGGUGGAACUAGAGUCUCUCACACUUAGUGAAGUUAAGUCAGAAAGAGAAAGACAAAUGCCAUAUGAUAUCACUUAUAUCUGUAAUCUAAUAUAGAGCACAAAUGAACCUUUCCACAGAAAAGAAAAUCAUGGACUUGGAGAAUAGACUUGUGGUUGCCAAGAGGGAGGGGGAGGGAGUGUGGUGGAUGGGGAGCUUGGGGUUAAUAGAUGCAAACUAUGGACUUUGGACUGGAUGAGCAAUGAGAUCUUGCUGUGUAGCACUGGGAACUAUGUCUGGUCACUUAUGGAGCAUGACAAUGUGAGAAAAUAGAAUGUAUACAUGUAUAUGCAACUGGGUCACCAUGCUGUACAGUAGAAAAAAAAAUAUAUUGGGGAAAUAAUUUAACAAAAAAAGGAAAAAAAAUUAAUAGACAAUAAAAAAAUAAAAGAAAAAAUAAAAGAAAAUGAAAGGAUGGGACAGGAUGGGAACUUUUCAAAAUGCGUAUAUUUGUUUUUAGCUAUGGACCCCUUUCUUCAAAUAAAGGCUCCUCAGGAAGCCCAGAAAAUAAAAUAGAUGAGCUGAAACUUCUCUGGUGGAAGUUGGGGUGAAGCCAGAGUCAACCCCUCUCCUUUAAUCCCUCACCAGUCCCUGCGAAGCCUCCUUCUGUGUCUGAGCUUAAAAACCAGCGGACUAGGUGAUCUGCAGGCUCCCUCUAGCUUCCGUCCAGUCUGUGCUAUUGCUGGGGAGGAGUAUUUGAUUGCUAAAGGCAAUUUUGUGCUUGACCUCAUUGCUAGGUUACUAGAAACCCUAAAAAGGUUUAGCAAGACAUCCUCAGUAUUGACUUAUUUUGAAAGGUUUUAAGGCAUGUUGUUACUUUUUUUUUUUCUGUACCAUAAAACACACCUUAAACUAGACUUAUCCUCUUGAAUUUGGAACAGUGUAGGAAGAUUUUUUUUUGUUUUUUGAUUUUUGACCAAGUUUAUAAAGUUGUGAUGUAAAGAGUUACAGACUAGCCCAAUUCCCUUUGCUAAAGUAAACAAAUGAUCUCAGAAAAGAUGAGACUUGGGAGCUGGCAGAGACAAAAUAUUAAGAUUUUCAAAAGUCAAUAGGGAAGUCUUUGGAACAAUUAGUUUGCAUGAGACCAUAAAUAAAUGGUUGUUUUAUGUUCUAAAAUUAGGUUAUGAUGAUGGUUGUGCAACUAUAACUAUAAUAAAACUCAUUGAAUGAUUUUUGAAAAAUAAGUAAAAGUAAAAAUCCAGUGAUUUUAUUUUUAUUUUGUUCUUUGUGUGGGCACAUGCUCUUCCAUUGAAUAAACAAAUUAAAAUGCAACAUUUCCAGGGCAAGUGUGUAUUUUCUAGGUGUUUAUUCUAUUUUCCCACCUUCUACAACAAAAAAGUCCAUAUAAAAUGAAGCCUACUGUGUAUCACACAGUCAAAAAAUAUCCUCCUUUCUUUAGGGGUGAAGCUAUAUGUAGAAUAUUUUGCAGUCACUAUGGUCAUAUGCGUCACUUGUGAGCCAAAUGGUAAUUAACAUGGAAAUUAUAACAAUCUAGACUUUAGGGUUUAAAUCAUGAUUUAAUUUACUGUGUGACCCUCUGACAAUGAAAGAAGGUAGAAUUGCUUCAUUCUGCAAUAAUUGUUUUCGUUUUAAACUUCAUUGCAGUUUUUUCAAAGGCACAGAAAGAUUGUCAUACCCCAGUUCCUCCAGUUUAUUUGUGCCAAAUGAAUCAUGAAAGGACAAUGCCUAAGUUGUCGUUGUUAUUUAUGGCCGCAUCCCAUAGUAUAUGGAAUUCCCAGCCAGGGAUUGAACCCAAGCCGACCUACACUGUAGCUGUGGCAAAGCCAGAUCCUUUAACCCACUGCGCGGGGCCAGGGAUGGAAUCUGUGCCCCUGCAGCAACCCGAGCCGCAGCAGUCAGAUUCUUAACCCACUGCAUCACAGCAGGAACUCCAAAAAGGCUGCUGUAUUUGUAGGGAGUAUGGAAUGGUUUUAAAUCCCUCUAGCCUAGCCCAGCAGGAGUAAGAGUCAGGGCAGAUGAAAUGGAUAAAAGUGGGAGAGGAGGGAAAUGGCACAUCCAUGAUUGCCUGCUUCUUAGCUCUGCAUGGGCAAUGCAGAAGGUGUCCGAUGGCAACCCCUAAGUACACUCUGCUUCUCAUCAGUCCCCCUUUAUUUGAAAAGGUUCACAGACAUAACAGCAUUGAUCCUGGGUGGUAGCUGCCACGGAUUCUCUCUGCAGAGUGAUGUGGAGAAGGCUCGAGGGUGUUGAGAUUCAGCCACCUGAUCACAGCUCAGUGAUAAACACAUAUAGACCAGAGUCCAAGUCCCUGCUCCCCUGACCACAAGCUGUGACUUGGAGAAAAAUUCUUUCUCCCUAGGCUUAGUUUUCUCAUCUCUUAAAGAGGGAUUCGUAACACCCUUCUUCCAAUGACUUACCUUCGAAGGUUGUUAUGAGGAAAACUUGGGAGAUGCAUGUAAGAAAUGUUUAUCUUUUUGUCUUGGGGCAGAGUAACUGCUUGAAGAAUAUUAGCUGCACUUUGGGGUGGUGGAAGCAGGUGUUGGGGGGCAGUAUCAAGCAGUGAUUAAGAUAAGCAUAAACUUUAGCUGAUGGAUUCCCAUGUGGCAGCUUGUUUCCAUUCAGCUUGUUGUUUGAUGUGGGGAAUUUGGUUUCUGUGGACUGGAGUGUUCCUCUCAAGUCCUUUUUGGUAAAGUGAGGCCAGAAAAACGAAAAAAAGAAAAGAAAGGAAGAAAGAAAGUGAGAAAGGGAAAAGAAAAAAAGUUGAUCGAAAAUAUGGUUUCCGUCUUUCUUUUAUUUCUUACCUCUUCUGAUGUAAGUAGAGCAGGUAUUAUUGGCCCAUUCUGCAUAUUUAGAAGUCAUUUUGGUGAUCGGCCUAGAUCAUUGGUGCAUUAGCAGUAGGGCCAGGUCAAGAUGCAGGGUCUGGUAAGUAUUGGAUGGCACCUCCAACCUGGGCCUGAGGUUUGGGGAGCAGCCUGCCAGAAUGGCUGUCCCCUCACUGCAGCCCUUGCAGAGACAGGCACUACCCAUCGGCUAAGUGUCCUUGUGAAGAUUAAUUCAGGAGACUCUCUUGAAAACAGAAUAUGACUCAGAAAAGUGAUUCUUUUGAUGUUGAUAAUAACUACCUACUUCUCCCAUAUAGUCUUCAGCAUUUAGACUUUUUGCAAAAAGCAUCGGCAGCCUUGGACAUACUCUUACUUUUUAUUGGGCUAAACUCAUUUUUUUUGAUCAUCCCACCAUUAUUUCAGGCAUGGAGAUGGCUUUGGCAUCCUUUCUGGUUCAACGAUUUGCUCUGGGCUGUUUAAUAUUCUCAAGCGAGUUUUAGCAUCCUGGGCAUGGUCUCUGACUCAGACUGCUUGUGACCAAGUGCCAGCUGCAUCUUCUAUUAGUGGAGUUACUUCAUCUUUCAGAUGGAGAUGAGCGUGGUACCUGUCUCAGAGGGUUAUAAGAAAUCAGUGAGAUUUCUGAACUCACUUCAUUCAGUACCUGCGGAGAGUGAGUCCUUGGUAAAUGUGAGCUGUGAAUAGUAAUAAGGCUGUUCUAUUUGUGGUUUAUGAGGCAGAGAUAUAUCAAUGACCAUAGGUAGCAGGCGUUGAUAUUAUCUCAGUAAAGUCCAUAAAAUUUCAUUUCCAGUCACAAAAACAAUGACAUGGGAUCCACUGUGGAAAUCAUCAGCAGAAACUGGGUCAAGGAGCACAGAGAUAGUGGGUGCUGUGAAGAGCAUAUCUAGAUGAAGCCACCAUCGGAGUGCUUUCUGUUUAAGUGGGUGGUGAACUGCAAGUUCUUUUCGUUCUUGAAAUUGAUCUUUCCCAUGCAGUCACAUAGCUGAGCUUGGGUUGAGGCCAAUUAUCUGGGCUUAUAACUGAAUACCAUUGGAACACAAGUUCAAGGGAAAUGUGCCUUUCUAGUUAGGGUCUGCAGGGGUCCUCUUCCUAAUUGAAUAUGACCUUUUAAGAAAUUUAGUUUCCGUCUUUCCCAAUAGAAUCAUUUUUCUUAUGAAAUUAAAUUUGCUUCAAGUUGCUGUCUCUCCUGCUUAGUUCCAAUGAUGGGGCCAGGGCCCUGUGCAUGGUUUGUUAUUAAUAUCUGCUGUUUUCCACUCUCAGCUCUGCUAUAAAUUAUAUUAUGGGAGGCUUCAUCUCCCGGGCCAGGUCUGUUAGCAGGAUCUGCUGCAAGAGGUACCGUUUGCCUAGGACAUGCAGCACCUGUGUUCCCAGGUUAGUAUCACAGGGACCAGACCUGACUUGCAAACAGAACCAGGCACUGUGGCCUCGUAUAGCCAUCCAAAUAGCAGAUCAAUGUUGCCGGUCAGAAUUCUCCUCCUUAUGUGUCCUCUGUGGCCUUGGCAAGAUCUUAAAUUCCUCUGGCUGGAAGAUUUCUCAUCUUUGACCCUAUGAAGCCAAUUAUUUCUAAAUUCCCUCCUAGCCCUCUGCUUCCUUAGAGUAGUGUUUCCAAACUCUGUUUCGCGGUCAGUGAUUAUUUGUGCUGGGGUUGGGCGUUCUCUGGUCCAUUAAAUUUAGGAAAUGCCUCCUACUUUAUUCUCUCUUAAAGACUGACAAGGCACACACGCUUAUCAGUACUUUGAGAAGUCCAUGGUUAAGAAACCUGUUGAACAGUGUUUAAUGAAGCAUUUCUCAAAUAUAGGUGAAUAUACAAUUUAAGGCAUUUUUUAUUAAUUUCGUGGACUGCCAGUCGUUUUUCGGGGAAGACUUCUGAGGAGCAUCAUUUGGGAAAGGCUUCUGCUCCAUCUUUGGGAGGUGACCGAGUCAUUACGUAAGUGGCUCACCCCCAGGACCCGCACCACCCGCCAGAGAAGCCUGUCAUUCACUGCCACAAAUGUGGGGAGCCAUGCAAGGGCGAAGUGCUUCGGGUCCAGACCAAACAUUUCCACAUCAAAUGUUUCACCUGCAAAGUGUGCGGCUGUGACCUGGCCCAGGGGGGCUUCUUCAUAAAGAACGGAGAGUAUCUGUGCACGCUGGACUACCAGAGAAUGUAUGGGACACGCUGCCACGGCUGCGGGGAGUUCGUGGAAGGAGAGGUGGUGACCGCCCUGGGCAAGACCUACCAUCCCAACUGCUUUGCUUGUACCAUCUGCAAGCGCCCGUUUCCACCCGGAGACCGAGUCACGUUCAAUGGGAGAGACUGCCUUUGCCAGCUCUGUGCACAGCCGAUGUCUUCCAGCCCUAAAGAAGCCUCUUGCCCCAGCAAUUGCGCUGGCUGUGGACGGGAUAUCAAGAACGGACAGGCGCUGCUGGCGCUGGAAAAGCAGUGGCAUUUGGGCUGCUUUAAAUGCAAGUCCUGCGGGAAGGUCCUUACCGGAGAAUACAUCAGCAAGGACGGCGCGCCGUAUUGCGAAAAGGACUACCAGGGCCUCUUUGGGGUGAAGUGUGAAGCCUGUCACCAGUUUAUCACAGGGAAAGUCCUGGAGGCAGGUGACAAACAUUACCAUCCUAGCUGUGCACGAUGCAGCAGGUGCAACCAGAUGUUCACAGAAGGAGAGGAAAUGUAUCUUCAAGGUUCUACCGUUUGGCAUCCCGACUGUAAGCAGUCCACCAAAACGGAGGAAAAGCUGCGGCCACCAAACAUCCAUCGUUCUCCAUCUGAUUUCUUUUAUCCUAAAAGCCUGAUUCGACGUACAGGACGGUCCCCGUCUCUGCAGCCCACCAGGACCUCCUCUGAAAGCAUUUAUUCUAGACCAGGCUCCAGUAUCCCUGGCUCCCCAGGUCAUACCAUCUAUGCAAAAGUCGACAAUGAAAUCCUGGAUUACAAGGAUUUAGCAGCUAUUCCCAAGGUCAAGGCGAUUUACGACAUCGAACGUCCAGAUCUUAUUACCUAUGAGCCAUUCUACUCUUCAGGCUAUGAUGACAAACAGGAGAGGCAGAGCCUGGGAGAGUCUCCAAGGACUUUGUCCCCGACUCCAUCAGCAGAAGGCUACCAGGACGGUCGGGAUCGGGCGAUCCACCGGUCCACCAGCCAGGGCUCCAUCAACUCCCCCGGGUACAGCCGGCACAGCUACACUCCGACCACGUCUCGCUCUCCCCAGCACUUCCACAGACCCGAGCUGCUGUCUCCUGGUGUGCAGAGGUUGAACUUCCUGCGCACCAGCAGCUUCAGCUCCACCCACAGCGACUCCCGCCCCAACUCCCCCUUCAGACACCACUUCCUUCCCCAUGUCAAAGGCAAUGAGCCGUCCAGCGGCCGGAACUCCCCUCUCCCUUACCGGCCAGACAGCCGCCCUCUAACUCCAACUUACGCUCAGGCCCCUAAACAUUUCCAUGUUCCAGAUCAAGGGAUCAACAUUUACCGAAAACCACCCAUCUACAAACAGCAUGAUGCAGCUGCCUUGGCAGCCCAGAGCAAGUCUUCAGAAGACAUCAUCAAGUUUUCCAAGUUCCCAGCAGCCCAGGCUCCAGACCCCAGCGAGAUACCAAAGAUUGAGACGGACCACUGGCCUGGUCCCCCCUCACUUGCUGCCGUAGGAGCUGACACGAGACGCAGAUCUAGCGGCCGAGAGGAAGAUGAUGAGGAACUGCUGAGACGCCGGCAGCUUCAAGAGGAGCAGUUAAUGAAGCUCAACUCAGGCCUGGGCCAGUUGAUACUGAAAGAAGAGAUGGAGAAGGAGAGAGAGAGCCGGGAGAGGUCCACCCUGGCAGCCAGUCGCUACGAUUCUCCCAUCAACUCAGCUUCACAUGCUCUGUCGUCUAAAACCUCAUCUCUCCCAGGCUAUGGAAGAAAUGGGCUUCAUCGGCCUGUUUCUACAGACUUUGCUCAGUACAACAGCUACGGGGAUGUCAGCGGGGGAGUGCGAGACUACCAGACCCUCCCAGAUGGCCACAUGCCAGCCAUGAGGAUGGACCGGGGGGUCUCCAUGCCCAACAUGUUGGAACCAAAGAUAUUUCCAUAUGAAAUGCUGAUGGUGACCAACAGAGGGCGCAAUAAAAUCCUAAGAGAUGUGGACAGAACCCGGCUGGAGCGCCACUUAGCCCCAGAAGUGUUUCGGGAAAUCUUUGGAAUGUCCAUCCAGGAGUUUGACAAGUUACCUCUUUGGAGACGCAACGACAUGAAGAAAAAAGCCAAACUCUUCUAAGUCCCCCACGUAGACAGCCAUUCGACAAAGGACUAACCACGGCAGUGCCGCAUAGGAUGUUAUAUUAAGGCCCAAAGUUGAUCGGAGAACUUGCAAACUGCUGUCCCGCAGCAACAACAGAAAGGGAAAAUCGGAUUAAAACACCCAUGAGCCACAUAUUGGGCCCACCCACGGCAGCCCUUGCCCAGAAGCAAUGGGGUGAAAACGUCUGUGUUCCCACACUCAACGGUAGCGGUCUCGUGUGACCUUUUUUCCAUCACCUUAUGUACGCAACAGGAGCUAUUUCUUUUGUUUCCUUUCAGCUGUUGUCCAACCAUAGUGCUGACUGUACAGAUAAGAGCCAGCAAGUGCCCUUAGGAUGCCGCAUGGAAAAAAGCAAUUGUUGCAACUCCAGAGUCUGAGUAUAUUUAUUAAGUAGUGCCGAGGCUGAGAAGGAAGAGCCGGAGGGACAGAGUCAAGGGACAGAUCCACGGGGUGGCAGCCUCUGCACACGCCUUUUUUCACGGGCUUCCUGCAGCCCUGCCCACGCUUCACCAGGAUGGAAACCAGAGUGGCGGGGGGAGAGGGGGUGCCCCAGCAGCUCUCUUUGAAUAGCCGCCAAAGUCCCUUUUAACCAGCUCCUUGUUCCCACUGUUUGCUAGGACCUGAUGGGUGAAUUCCUCAGCUAGAAUUAAAAAGAAAAAAAAAAAUGAAGCGAAAGAGAGGGAAAAACAGGAAUGAAAACUCUCUCGUAAGUCUUUUCCUGCUUCAGACAGGGUGUGUCCUUCGUCCUCCCCAUCAAGGACAGGAGCUGUCUUGCCUCCACCUCCGCCCCCCUCCCUCACUUUUACAAAGAAAGGGUGGCCCAGUUGUUUGCUGUUCAAUGAGUUUUGUCCAAGGGCCAUAGCUCUUCCCACCCAGCAACCUCUGCUCUCUGUCCAGCAUCUUCUAAUUCAGAUCAAGCCCUCAGUGGUUUGGGUUUGUUUGUUUGUUUGUUUGUUUUAAGGUCUUUUCAGUCGUAGGCUAAGGCAAAGGCAUGUUGCUCUCUUUGAAAUCUGUGCAUCUCCAAAGUAGAUUGUCUCCAACUGAUUUAAUUUGGCCUUUUCAGCUUUUCUUUCUUGCCUAGCUCUGUUGACCUCCUGGUGUGGUGUGUAUCUAUCUGUGUGUGUGUGUGUGUGUGUGUGUGUGUGUGUGUGUGUGUGUGUUCAGUUUGGGCAGUCUGCAUGUGCUUUUGCAUUCAUUCCUGCUUGAGUGUUCGUCCCACUGUGCUGCUGCUUCAGAGGGACAUUUACUCAAGUGCACAUGACAAAGAUCGAGUGAGGCUCACCGCAUCCCCGACACUCUGUCCCUUGUGGGGAGGCUGUGGGUGGUUAAAAGCCAGCAUAUUCCAUGAUGGAUACAGCUCAAGUCAGCCUCAGACUGAAGCCUGCCGACCUGGGAUGAGGCUGUGUGUAGACCUCAAACUGAGUUCUCAAAUUCGCAACACAAGAUUCCCAUUGGAGCCAAGGAUUACAACACGACUUGUAUGAGAGACCGCACCGUGGUUCCUGAAAGCCUCUGGCUGUGACUCAGACAGGACUAGAGUCACGCCGCCGAGGAGGGUGUCACAUUAAUUCUCAUGCUUUGGGGGUCUGCUUGAAAAUGUAAAUGCUGUUGAAAGCCAAAGGAGAACGCAUUUGAAUUCACCUGCGUAUGCCCCUAAUAAUAAAAGCUCAGACAUUCUCCCUGCUGGCACCAAGUAUUAGAAUGAGUGAGCAGCUGACACGAGUGGUAAAAAGCAAGGAGCAUGUUCUGACCUUGUGCUGCAGACAUCACUUGUGAUUCUGUCUAGCGACUGGGUGCUGUGGCCAACAGUGCAAUGGCUUCACGUAUUCAAUUGCAAUUGUUUUCUCUGCUCUUCCCUGAGAAAUCUAAAGUUGCUUGACCUUUCAGUGCUAGGCAUGGGAUGUUUGAGGACUGUUCUCACAAAUAAAUGUGUGUGUGUGUGUGUGUGUGUGCGUGCGUGUGCACGCACAUGCGUGCGCUUGUAUGACCUAUUAACAUAUGUAGCAAAGGGCUUUGGCCAGGUGAAGGGAAGAGACUAGCUCAUCCUUGAACUGAAGGCAGAUGGCAGCCCACAGCUUUGCCCCUGACACAUUAGUUGCCUCUUGCUUCAUUCCAUGCACCCACUGUCCCAUCUUCUCUCUGAUGCCUCCUGUAUUGGCAGCCUCACCUGCAUGUUCUCAUCCUUGCUGCACUCUGGCAAAGUGUGUGGAGUGGGGACCACGGCAUAAUCCCAGUGUCUCCCUGCCUUGAUCAAGAACAAAGAUGGCCAGAUGGAUCCUAGGGCUCAGCUGGUGGAGAGGUUUUCUUCACAGUGGAGCUAGUAAAGGACCCUCAGUGGUUUUCAUUGGCAAAUGAAUUAUAACCCAUGUCCUUGUGGAUCAAGUGUCAGUGUAUGAAAAAUUGCAGUGAUAGUUAAAGAACCGAGCCCUAAGUUUGUACCUACUAAUGAAACUCUGUUUGGCUUGUAGAACUUUUAAAUUUAGUUCUGCAUCCACCUUGUGGGGGUGGGGGGAAGCUUCUUUCCAUAUCAAAUGUAUUAUUAGCUAAUUUAAACUACACGCAAAAAUGCAUUGCCAGAAAAUACCAGUGGCUUCCUGGCUACAAGCAGAGCGGUGCUGUGUUCUGGGGAGGGGGCACUGGAAACUAUAAUGCAGCGUGGGCUCCCCAACCUCUCUCCCCAGGAGAAGGCUCCAGCCAGAGGGAGAGGCCCCAACCCAGAUCAAUGGGCAGCAACGCCCUGUCUGUUUGGUUGAAUUGAGUUCAGCAUGCUUUUCCAGAAAAUGUCCAGGUCGCUGCACAGGAAAUCAGUGUUCUCUGUUUGAACCCUACCCGGCAUAAAAAAUUCCAGUUGUCAACACUGGAUUAUUGACUCUAGGAAAGGAAGUAUACACAGGGCAAGCUUCCCUGGUGCAUACAUAAAGGGCUAAGUUUUUGAGCAUCGGGCUUGCUAGUGACUCUGAAAGCACACCCUGAUGGCAUGAACAAACCUCUAUGACGGCACGAAGAUCAGUGCUUCCUUUAAAGUUUCUUCCAGAAAAGCCAGGAGACCAUUUAGUCUUCCAGUGUGAUUUAUGUUGAUACAUAAUAAAGAGCCUUUGGAAACUCGUGCAGCUCGCUAUGCGUCUGCAUUUGGGUUUGGGGUUCCUUAUGAAACGUUCUUAGUGUGACUUCUUCAAUUAUGAAAGAUAAGCUGCCUGUUCUCUGAGACCUCGAACAAAAAAAGCUUGAGUCAGUGGGUCCUCAGGUGCAAAGGAAAAAAAAAAAAAAAA